GGGAGGGCCAUGAUGCACGAUGGACAUUACACUCGAGCCAAUCACCACCACUGCAAACACGGUCUGCCAAGUCUUUGACGGUCUUGGGCCCUAGGCAUGUCUACGAAAUAAGGCAUAGGGGAUGACAGGGGGGAGGCGAUUGAGAGUAUUCUUUUGUUGCUCUGCUGGUAAAGUAUUUGUCGUUGCAGGUUGGUAUAAAGCACCGAGAUGGGAUGGUUUCUCUGGAAAAGAUCACCUUGCAGUUGCCUGGUUCGAUUGUCUCGACUGCCCAUACAUAGCCUUGGGAUUUGAACGUCAGCAAUCAUCUAUCUUUUGAACCAAUCUUGACGGUUAAUUCUUUCAUUGCCACCAAGGUUUACUAUGGCUCACCAUCAAGAGGAUAUCACCUUGGGCGAGAAGGCUGGCGCUAUAGAGGUUGAAAAGGUCGCGGCCCUGGAUGCCAGAAACAAUAAUGCAUCUGAAGCUUCCGUCGACCUUGAUGAAAGUCAGUUGAAGGUGUUGAAGAAAGCAACGCGAAAGACAGACUACCGACUUGUUCCAAUCCUAGGCGCAUGCUACGCCAUCAGUGCCAUAGAUCGAAUCAACAUCUCAGCUGCCCGAAUCGCCGGCAUGGACAAAGAGCUGCAUUUCGAAAAAGGAUCCCGCUACUCGAUAGCGCUACUCGUCUUCUUCAUCACCUACUUCAUCUUCGAGAUCCCUAGCAACGUUGUUUUGCGGAAAGUGGGAGCUGCGAAUUGGCUUUCAUUUCUCUGCUUUGCGUGGGGUGUCGUGAUUCUUGGAGCGGGGUUUGCAAAGAAAUGGACUGAUAUUGUUGUAUGCCGCCUACUACUCGGUCUCUUUGAGGCUGGGUUUUUCCCCGGAUCGGUGUACCUUAUCUCUUGCUGGUACACCCGAUAUGAGGUCCAAAAGCGCUUAGCUACUUUCUAUGCUAUCAACAUCUUUGCCAAUGGCUUUGGUAGCAUUCUUGCAUAUGGAAUCAUGCAACUGAAUGGAAAGGCCGGAUAUCUUGGCUGGCGCUGGAUCUUCAUCAUUAACGGUCUUAUGACCGUCUUCCUUGCUCUUCUAGGUCGUCUUUUGAUCGUUGAUUUCCCAGACAAAGUGCACAGAUCUCGAAAGCCGUUCCUGAAGCCCGAUGAAGUCAGAGCUAUCCAGGACAAGCUGGAGAGAGACAGGAGUGACAGCGAGUUCGACGAGUUGACCAUGAAGAAGUUCCUCGGCGCAUGUGCGAGAUGGGAACUCUGGUUCUUCGGGCUCCAAUUCUUUGCCGUCACGACCAUCGUCUACGCACUCGCCUUCUUUAUCCCAAUCAUCCUUCAAGGCAUGAGCUACGACGUCAAAAUGGUCUUCCUCUUGUGCGCCCCUCCCGCCGUUGCCGCCGUUCCUUGGGUAAUAUUCUGUUCCUGGGCAGCUGAUAAGACGCGCCUCCGGGGUCCUUGGAUCAUCCUCCAAGCCGUUAUCGGCAUCAUCGGCCUCAUGAUCGUUGCGUACGCGAAGAAUAACGGCGCCAGGUACUUUGGCAUUUUCGUCGGGCUCGCGGGCGCGAAUUCAAAUAUCCCCACCGCGUUAGCAUGGCAGGCGAAUAAUAUUCGUGGGCAGAGCCUUCGAAUGGUUGCAUCUGGCCUCCAAGUCGCUUUCGGUGCUAUUGGAGGUAUCUAUGCCUCGACUGUCUUCAUGGAGAAAGAGGCUCCGACAUACAUCUCCGGCCUCUGGGCCGUCACUGGCGCUCAGCUGUACAUCAUCGUCUCGAGCCUAGGGAUCUUAUGGUUCUACAAGAGGCAAAACAAGAGGGCAGAUCAGGGCGAGAUCAUCAUUGAAGGGCUGGAGGGGUUCAGAUAUACUUAUUAG